CAGUGGAGGUUUCAAUAGCAGCAGCGCGGCAGGGGAGGGACGCACUGCCAGCACUCAGGAUACCCACUCACACACACUCCUGCCCACUAGAGACCAGUUAAAUCCGCAAGAAAACUGCAAACACGCACCAGAGCAGUCGUCUAAUCCGAUUGAUAGGCACCAACAAUAGAAGUGAAAACUGAGGGAACUACCGGACACUGAGGACAACUUGAGUUUUGUUUUGUUUUUCUUUUAAAUCGCUUUAGAUAUCAGGCACGUUUUGAAUCUCGGUGAUAUCAGAGUGGUUUUGAGAGCAAGAAGCGCCAUCCGUCAGACAACUUCGCUGUUUCAUAUUCUGAAAGAAUGAGGCAGUGUAAAGGUUGGAGUGGGGUGCUGCUGGUGCUGUUUUUUUUGCUGGGAACUUUGGCCCAGAAGCUGCCUACGAGAGACGAAGGCCUCUUCCAGAUGCAGAUCAGAGACAAGUCACUGUUCCACGACUCCUCCGUCAUCCCAGAUGGAGCUGAGAUCAGUGGCUACCUGUUCAGGGACACACCCAAAAGGUACUACUUUGUGGUGGAAGAAGACAACACACCCCUGUCUGUGACUGUGACACCUUGUGAUGCUCCUCUGGAGUGGAAACUCACUCUGCAGGAGCUGCCAGAAGAGGCCAGUGGAGAGGGAUCAGGAGAGCCUGAACCUCUGGACCAGCAGAAACAGCAGGUGACUGUAGAUGAGGGGACGGAGCUCUUUACCUACAAGGGUAAUGAUGUGGAGUCCUAUGUGGCCACCAGCACACCCUCUGGCCUGUAUCAGCUGGAGCUGCUGUCCACAGAGAAAGACAGCAACUUCAAGAUGUACGCCACCACAACUCCAGAGUCUGACCAGCCCUACCCAGAACUGCCCUAUGACCCUCGUGUGGAUGUGACCACACUGGGCCGUACCACUGUCACCCUGGCCUGGAAGCCGACACCAACGGGCUCUCUGAUGGGCCAGCCUGUCCAGUAUUGUGUAGUCAUCAACAAAGAGCACAAUUUCAAGAGCAUGUGUGCCGCUGAAGCUAAGAUCACCGCUGAUGAUGCCUUCAUGCUGGCUCCAAAGCCUGGUAGAGACUUUAGCCUGUUUGACUUUGCACACUUUGGUUUUGUUCCCUCUGACGUUGGUUUUGGCAAGGACAGAGGCCUCACAAGUAACAAGAUCUCACGGGCGUACACAGCCAAGCCCAAAGCAUCAGACAUUCAGAAAGUGUGUAUUGGCAAUAAAAACCUUUUCACUGUGUCAGACCUGAAGCCGGACACACAGUACUACUUUGAUGUGUUUGCUGUGAAUUCUGCCACCAACACCAGCACAGCAUACGUGGGAACAUUUGCUCGCACUAAAGAGGAGGCUCGUCAGAAGACAGUUGAACUGAAGGACGGCAAAGUAUCGGAUGUUUUCAUCAAGAGAAAGGGUAGCAAGUUUCUUCGCUUUGCUCCUGUGUCUUCCCAUCAGAGGGUCACUCUUUUUGUCCACACAUGUCUGGACUCUGUGCAGGUGCAGGUGAGGCGCGAUGGCAAGUUGCUGCUCUCCCAGAACGUGGAGGGGGUAAGGCAGUUCCAGCUGCGGGGAAAGCCAAAAGCCAAGUACCUAAUCCGUUUGCGUGGCAGCAGGAAAGGGGCCUCCACUUUGAAGGUGCUAGCCACCACACGACCCAGCAGCAAGCAGCCCUUUCCUUCGCUUCCAGAGGAUACGCGCAUCAAGGCCUUUGACAAGCUGCGCACCUGCUCUUCCGUCACCGUGGCCUGGCUGGGCACACAGGACCGCAACAAAUACUGCAUUUACCGCAAGGAGGUGGCUGACAAUUACGGCGAGGAGCAGCGACGCCGGGAACAAAACCAGUGUGCCGGACCAGAGACCCGCAGGAAGUCAGAAAAGGUCCUGUGCAAGUACUUCCACAGCCCAAACCUGCAGAAAGCUGUGACUACAGAGACCAUCACAGGUCUGGAGCAAGGCAAGACCUACCUGCUGGACGUUUACGUAGUGGGACACAGUGGUCACUCAGUGAAAUACCAGAGCAAACUGGUGAAAACAAGGAAAUACUGCUAAAUGACUCUGCAAAGAAUAAAUCUAUUAUAAAUAUAUAUAUUAAAUAAGUUUAUUUAACUCUAAGUGAUAUUCUACUAAGGAGUGUAUACAGACUGACUACUCACACAGCAGAUGGGCCUGUGGCAGUGACUGAACUGUUUGUAGAGAGAGAUAUCAACCUGUAUAUUUAUGUUUACAUUUCAUUGUGGCACCUCUGGGUGGCCCAUAGCGUGAGGUGCUUUGUUACCAGGCUUGUCGUCUUGACAUCAUGUUGCCACUGGGGAGGCAGAACUUCAAAGAAGAUCAUCUUUCAUCUUAUAUGUUUCUUUGUCGCUGCAUGACAUUUGCUUUGGUCGGUCAUAUUUGUGUGUUCCUUCAGUUUCAAACCACAUUGACCGGAGGAGAUACAGUAGCUACCCGCAUUGUAUAGAUCUCUCACUGCAUAUUCGCUGCGUGUUUUAGGAAGAACUUAAAUUAUUUUAUACUUUUUGUCUCUCUUUUUGAUUGUCUGUUUUUAUUGAUGACAAUAAUAACUGUUAAGAGGAAAUUCCAGUUUUAUGAGGAAGAUGACAUAGUUCAGACAUUCCCUUAUGUAUCCCAGCCAGUGUUUGCUCCAGAGCCCACCUUGUAAAUGUGUUCUGUGCUGGAGAUCUGUGUUAUUAUCACUGUAUCACUGUGUGUGUGUGUCACAUGUACAGAGUUGUCCUGCCAAUAUUCAUGUACAUAAACACUAAAUAUAGAACAAGUAAUCCCUCUGUCACUCUGGGUGUCAUGUUCUUUUGCCAAGUAGUUAACAUCACAGUCAUGGCUCCGAGAUGAAAGAGCGCACUGCGUGUUGUGCUUAUAGACUCAGACACUUAACUUAGGAUUGCAUAAGCAGAACUUGAUACUCGUGAUUUGAAAUGAUAACUUGAUCCCAAAAAAUCAUUUGUGACCAGAAAAGACCGACAGAGGAUGAAUUAUUCACUGGAACUAACUUUUAAGACCUCUUUUUCCAUAUCACACAAGCGGUGCCUAAGCUCCGCUAGAAAAAUAUUACCUCUUGGCACAAUCGUUUGCAAUCAAAUCAGUGUCUCAUUAACGUACAUUCUCAUUGAUGGACAAUAAUAAAUCAGUGCAUCUUAGCAUACUAA